AGGCGCUUUCCUCGUUUCUGGAGACGGCCACGAUCGAUGGAUACACUGCAACUCGUCUCUCAACUGUCUUUUACCUCCCUUUCUGGCUGUCCUUCCAAAUUUAGCAUCCUCAAACCCUAAAUUUGUUGCCACUUUCCGCAUGAGAUUUCCAGCUUUCUAUGAAGAAUUUUCUUUACUUAAAUUCUACCUAGUUUUGGACCAUGAAGAAACCCCACUAUCUCUGCAACUGCCUUCUCGAAAUCUGGCGAUUCCUUCUAAUUUACCGCACCAUGAUCACUCUUGAAGUUUUUCUCCUCUAGAGUUCCAGCCAAAUUUGGCUAUUCUUCAAGCCAUGAAGAAGCCUCACCAUCUCUGCAACUCCCGCUUGGAGAGAAAAUGGCUAAUGCCUUUGCUCGUAAGCUCUUUGGCCUCUGUUACUUUUCUUAUUGUUGCAACCCUAAGGAAUGAAAAUCAUAGUUUUGAGACCCCAGUUUCUACGAUCUCUGGGUUCGAAUCCGAUAAAAGUUCUGAACUUUUGGGUGUAGGUUUUGAUUCUACUGAAGAAUCAGGGUUUCCGCGGCUCCCAAGGUUCGCAUAUCUCAUUUCUGGAACAAAAGGAGAUGGGUUGAGAAUGAGGAGAUUGUUACAAGCUGUAUAUCAUCCUAGAAAUUACUAUCUUUUGCAUAUGGAUCUCGAGGCCUCACCAAAAGAGCGGCUAGAUUUAGCUAAGUUUGCUAAACUGGAGGCAGUGUUUGUGGAGGCCAAUAAUGUUAAGGUUGUAGGCAAUGCAAACCUUGUUACUUAUAAAGGACCGACCAUGAUUGCUUGCACUCUCCAUGCAGUGGCGAUUCUGCUGAAAAGGGCGAAGGCCUGGGACUGGUUCAUCAAUUUGAGUGCUUCUGAUUAUCCUCUGAUGACUCAGGAUGACCUGCUUCAUGUUUUCUCAUACAUGCCUAGGGACCUGAACUUCAUUGAGCACACGAGUGACAUCGGAUGGAAAGAGUACCAAAGGGCAAAACCGAUCAUCAUAGAUCCAGGAUUAUACAAUUCUGAAAAAUCUGACAUAUUUUGGGCCACUCAGCAUCGUUCCAUGCCAUCUUCCUUCAAAAUAUUUAUAGGAUCUGCAUGGGUGGUGCUGAGCCGGUCAUUCCUCGAGUUCUGCAUACACGGCUGGGACAACCUCCCCCGAACGCUCCUCUUGUACUACACCAACUUCUUAUCUUCGCCAGAGGGUUACUUCCACACGGUUAUAUGCAAUGCCAAGGACUACCAAAACACAACCAUCAACCAUGACCUCCACUACAUUAUGUGGCACAACCCACCUCGACAACACCCAGUAUCUCUCACCUCUGUGCAUUUCGAAGGCAUGGUACAGAGUGGUGCACCUUUUGCUCGCAAGUUUGCUAGGGAUGCUCCAGUCUUGGAGAAAAUAGACAAGGAGCUCUUGGGAAGAUCUAUUGGCAAAUUUACCCCUGGUGGUUGGUGCAUGGGUUCAAAAUCUUUAGGAAGAGACCCUUGUGCUUCUUUAAGAGGAGGCCUUGAUGUUGUUAGACCUGGUUUGGGUUCGAAGAGGCUCGAAAAAUUGCUCUUGAAACUUCUUGAUCCUGAAAAUUUCAGGUCUAGGCAGUGUAAAUAAUUUAUAAUGAGUUGAAUUCCCAUCUUUUUGUGCUCUUUCGUAUUUUUGGUGGGUUACCAUCACACGAGGUAAACAGAACAGAAAAAAAAAGAAGAAAAAUUAAUGUUGUAAA